CCGCUGCUGCUGCUUCUUUUUUUAAUUGAUCGGUGAAACAGAGGAAGUGUGAAAAUGGCUGGAGGUUCAUUAGCUGAAUUGAGGUCUUUAGAGCAGGUUGAAAAUGGGAGUGUAUCAACUUCGCCUCCUAACUGGGACAUUGACUAUGAUGAUGAUGGAGGACCAAAGCCAUCUGACUUAUAUGGGAAGUAUACAUGGAAGAUUGAAAAUUUUUCUCAAAUCGACAAAAGAGAACUUCGUAGCAAUGCAUUUGAAGUUGGAGGCUACAGAUGGUAUAUUUUGAUUUAUCCACAAGGCUGUGAUGUCUGCAGUCAUCUCUCUCUGUUUCUUUGUGUUGCAAAUCAUGACAAGCUUCUUCCAGGGUGGAGUCAUUUUGCCCAGUUCACAAUUGCUGUUGUGAAUAAAGAUCCAAAAAAGUCCAAAUAUUCUGAUACGUUGCAUCGCUUUUGGAAGAAGGAACAUGACUGGGGAUGGAAGAAAUUUAUGGAGCUAUCAAAGGUGCAGGAUGGGUUUAUAGAUGCUGAUACUUUGAUAAUUAAAGCUCAAGUUCAGGUUAUCAGGGAAAGAGCAGAUCGACCUUUUCGUUGCCUUGACAGUCAGUAUCGGAGAGAACUUAUAAGAGUUUAUUUAACGAACGUUGAACAGAUUUGUCGGCGUUUUGUGGAAGAACGUAGGUCAAAACUUGGAAAGCUACUAGAGGAUAAAGCUAGAUGGUCUAGUUUCUGUGCUUUCUGGUUGGGUAUGGACCAAAGUUCUCGACACCGUAUGUCACGAGAGAAGUCAGAGUCCAUUAUGAAAGUUGUUGUGAAGCAAUUUUUCAUAGAAAAGGAGGUGACAUCUACACUUGUCAUGGAUUCUUUGUAUAGUGGUUUGAAAGCUCUUGAAGGUCAGAAUAAGGAUAAGAAGAGCAAGGGCAAGUAUUUAGAGGCAGAAGACUUACCUAUUCCUAUAGUUGGCAUGGAGAAAGAUACAUUCAUUUUGGUUGAUGAUGUAUUGCUAUUGCUUGAGCGGGCUGCUAUGGAGCCUUUACCUCCAAAGUAUGAGAAGGGACCCCAAAACCGUACUAAGGAUGGGACUGUAGGAGAGGAGUUCAACAAAGAUUCUAUUGAACGUGAUGAGAGGAGACUUACUGAAUUGGGUCGCCGAACUACUGAGAUAUUUGUCUUAGCCCACAUAUUCAGUAAAAUUGAGGUUGCAUACGAAGAGGAUGUUGUCUUGAAGAAGCAAGAAGAACUCAUCCGUGAAGAGGAGGCAGCACUAGAGCAAAAAUCCAGGAGAGGAGAAGAUAAGAAAAAGAAGUCUAAAAAGAAACAGGUUUAUUAAGACUCAGUUAUAUUUGGUGAUUCUGGGGAAGUUCAGGGCAAAAUGCAUGCAUGACGUAAUUUGGUUUUAUUAAAGACUUGGAAUUGCAGUUAAUUCUAUAUUUCUUUCGAUUUAUUCCACGCGACAAUUAAUCCCGUACCAAACUAAAUAACUCAGUCGUAAUUUAGUUUAUUACGGUAUGCGUCAACUCAGCGAUUGUUCGCUUAUCAUGUUACCAUGUUUAAUUUUAUCUCUUGUUCCGUUGCCUUUUUUUGAAAACUA